CACUACGCUCGCCUACCCGUGCAUGGUCGAAGCAGGGGACGGCAUGGCAUUUCCCUGGCUCAUAGUAGUAGUCCCCUCCCCUCGUUCUUAUGCUCCUCUCAAGUUGACCAUCGAACCUUGGUCUCCUCCACCUGUAUCGUCUGCCUCCUGUUCUGUGGGAUUGCAUGGUACCGGCGCGGCAACGUUGAUAUUAAGCCUCGCAGGUUCUGGUCCAUUUAUUCGUCAUCAUCCUCUCCUGCUUCAUCUUUGACACGCCCACUCUCCCUCUGCUCUCUGCUUUGUGUCACCUGCUUCCCUCACGGCUGACCGUUCAUACAAACGAACGCUUGACUGCAAUUGCUGAGAACGCUGCGAUACUCCUCUCAAAGACCGGAGCCGAAGCCCGACUGCUUAUCAGUGUCUUGCCGGAUAACCUUUAUCAGCUUGCUCGCCUGGUACUUGGAGGCCACUAUAGUACCGCUGGAUUUCUUCCCGGGGUGAAAAAGCCGGUCCAGCUGUCAUCAUUAUACAUAUACAACCACACAAAGCGCCAACCGCCCAAUACUGCACUUCCACAGCGACCCGUUGCUAAACUAUGCCCGCUCAUAGACGCGGGCCGUGGUCACAGGCGGAGGAUGCAGCCCUCAUGAUGCUCGUCGCGAGACAAGGAGCCUCAAAUUGGGUGCGAAUUUCACAGAUGAUUCAGACCCGAUCCCCUAAGCAAUGUCGGGAAAGGUAUCACCAAAACUUGAAGCCGAAUCUAAACCACGCCCCAAUCAGUGCGGAGGAGGGCCGGCAAAUCGAGGAGCUGGUCGCGACGAUUGGAAAGAGAUGGGCAGAGAUCGCACGAAGAUUACCUGGCCGCAGCGACAACGCUGUGAAGAACUGGUGGAAUGGCGGUCAGAACCGGCGGAAAAGAGCCAAUGAACGUGGACGAGAUCUUGCUGUCUCUGAUUCCACUACGAUGUAUGAACCAUCGAACUCGACAUUCGGUCGUGAGAGGUUCAUCUUGCCUCCUCCCCUCUCAUUACCAACAACGAGCGCAAACUUUGAUAGGUCGCUGCCGUCCCCUGCAUAUCCUGCGGCGUCCGUGUACGGUCAACCCAAAGCACGACCGGAGCCCUUGGACCUGGGAAUGCCGCAUCAACACCCGGGACUUCGACAAUUCGGUUACCCGACACCUCUGCCAUCUCCCUCGGGAUACAACACGUCGCCGGAGUCUUCAGUGUCUGCCAUGGGCGACGGCUCUAUGACCAUCUCGCCGUUGACCCCGAUCGGCUUACCCCCACUAAUCGGUGGCCGCGACGAACGGCGACAUUCGGAGGUUGCCUGGCUGCCCCCAAAUACAACAGGCUUUGUUGGCAACGAGGGACAUUUCGAAGCUUUUCCCAGACAGCCUUUCAACAACGCCCCCGUUUUCCGAGAACCGCAGUGGCAACCAGCUCGUCGAGAGUCUCCGGUUGAUCGCUUGCCGAGGACGCAGUCUCAUCCCGACUUUGGUAUGAUGAACCAGCAACCUCUGCCGGCAUAUGACAGUUUGCAGCUCAACAUGCAACCAUCGAUGCAUAACAUUCUGCCGCCCCACACCUUGUCACCGCCAUCUGCUUCCAAAGUCGGUAUAUCUUCCAUCAUCAAUGGUAACGGGGUUCCGCCAAAUGCUUCCCGUUCACAUGUUUCGCCGAGCGAGCCAUCUUCACCGAAUUCCAUGUCCAUUCAAGGGUCAUCGCCUCCUAGAAGCUCGAAAAUGGACAUAGCCUCUCUGGUCUAGAAACGUAAUUAGCUGAGCACGAACAAUGAGCGACGAUUGGUCUAUUUUUCUUUUUGUCUAUGUGUUUGUUUAUAUCAUCUUGUCCAAACAUCUUCUGUACACAUGAGCAUGAAUGCCUUUGAUUUGGUUGGAAGGAAAAGCAUGUCGGCGCACAUGUUUUGUACUGGAUUGUUAUUUUUUUUCUGGGCUGGGUCUAAUCGCACUAUACCACGUUGUCGGGAAUCAUGAAGGAAAUAAUCUUACUACUUCAUACCAAAUCGUACCCAGCUGGUGCGAGCGGUGGCUGCUGUGAUUUGCGCAGCAAUAUAAAUGAAAUACUGAGUGGAACGAUCUAAUA